AUGUCACCUCAAAGCCUUAGCGCAAGCUUAUACUUUGCCAAGGCUAAAUGGGGUUACAACGACAUGUGCAUAAAGCAGACACGAGAGCGGAUUCCCGCCAUCCCCACGUUUUGCACCGGCGAAGAGCUCGGGAUCGCCGGCGGGGCGCACCGCGUCUUGGCGCAAUUCCUCGCGCUGAUACGUCGCCUUCUCCCCGGCUAUCCUGUCGGGUCACUGUCGGUGAACCCGGUGAUUCCUUUCAGGUUUCCCGGACACGAUAAGAGCUGUAGGAUCAUCACGCGGAGGUAA